UUCGAGUACCUAUGCCAAUUGCCAACUCGCGAACCUACCUGCAAUUUCAAAUUUAUCACGAUAAAAUUCGUAUUGAAGUCAGCAGUACAGAGCAGAAGAUUCGUGAAUAUUACAGAACGAAUAUAUCUGUCUUAUUAAAUUUGUAUUGUACGUAGACGUAGAAUGUGUACGACCGUGUUCGUGUAGUAACGUCAUCGUCAUCGCUGCAGCGCCGGUUGAAUUUGCGAAGUUAAUUCGUGGUUUUAUGUGUAAUGUACACAGUGGUGUUGGUGCUACAAGUACUCUUAUCUAUUCGUUCGAACGGGCUUUCAAUCCUGUAUUAAUUUUUCAACCUUACCGAGUGGUUUUUAUUUAAUUAUUAUCGAUAAAACAGCGCGGUCAAUGCGAUACUCAGUUAGCAUUUAGCAGAGCCAAGCUCGAGAAUUACUUAUUCGCUCGUCGUCGCUGUCGUAUUAUUCGCGAAUCAGUGGGUAUAGUUUUCAUUUGUAUUAAUAAAUUUUCGUCCAUUAUACGCGCUGUGCAAGUUCGUGACUUCGUGUUAACCUAAUCUUUCUCAUAUUUCGCGAAAAGUUGUUUCGCCGGUCAUUACCAUGCCCGUGAAAUAUGUGAAAACUGACUCGAAAAUCAAAGCUAACGAUGAUUUGAAUUUGAAAGCGAAACCCUGUCGAAUCCCACCGGUUACCGGCAAACUAUCCUUUAUACAGUGCGGAAAAUUGAAAAACACAACGGUUCGCUCGGACAACAACGAAGAAGCCAACAGCGUCGUCAAAACGCUGCUGCCAGAGAUCAACGACAGCUACACCAGUAGCGGCAAAUCUGCGGUGGCCAUGAUCGAAGACGCAUAUUCGGCGAAUAAAUCGGAUAUCCAUCGUUUGGCUGUGCUGAGCUAUGAGCAGGUGAACCGUCUAAAUGACGUGAUGAACGAUACGGUUUGCAUACACGGCCGAGGAAACUUUCCAACCAUCGAAGUAACCCUUAAAGAUCUCGUAACCACGGUCCGUUCCAAGCUCGAGGAAGCUUGCGGACAUAAUGUUGGUCUCAAAGUCACCGAUAUCAGACUGAAUGGCGGAGCCGCCUCUUAUGUAUUAGAUACCGAAGAAACUACCCAAGUUUACAACGACUUGGAUCUUAUAUUUGCCGUCCAAUUAUCCGCUGGCAGGCAUUUCGACCGGGUCAAAACGGCCGUCUUAAAUUCACUGCUUGAUCUCUUACCUUCCGGUGUUAAUCGUACCAGAAUAUCUACCUGCAGUUUAAAAGAGGCUUACGUUUCGAAACUGGUCAAAGUAAACCAAGACGGCGACUGCUGGUCGUUGAUCAGUUUGGGUAAUUCGCGAGGCCACAAAAACGUCGAACUGAAAUUCGUCGAUUCGAUGAAAAGGCCGUUCGAAUUCUCGGUAGACUCGUUCCAAAUAAUCUUAGACUCGUUGCUGUUAUUUUACAAAUGUAGCCAGCUGGCCAUCAGCGAAAACUUCUACCCCACGGUGGUGGGCGAAUCGGUGUACGGUGACUUUCACGAAGCCUUGUACCAUCUGCAAAAGAAACUCAUAGCGACGCGUAAUCCGGAAGAGAUACGUGGCGGAGGCCUUCUCAAGUAUUGCCAUUUGCUGGUACGACGAUACAAGCCCGCUUAUCCGGACCGAAUCAAGAUGCUGGAGCGAUACAUGUGCUCGAGGUUCUUCAUCGACUUCUCCGAUAUCAACCAGCAACGAUCCAAGUUAGAGAACUACCUUUGGAACCAUUUCAUCGGGCCCGAAGAAGAAGUGCUCAAAUACCAGUAUCUCAUUCUGCUGCGAAACGUCGUCGACGACUCCACCGUCUGUCUAAUGGGUCACGAAAGACGGCAGACGUUAGCGCUAAUCGACGAACUCGCUUAUCAAAUAAUGUACCCGAUGUCCAAGUACUACGGACCUUUGUAUUUCGCCCAAGCCGCAGCCACAGCCGGCCUCUAUUUCACUCCUCAGCUGAUAACGUCGUCGUCGGCCCAAUCGCCAUCGGCUCAUCAUCAAUGCGCUUGUAAUUCGUAUAUCAUGACGACCGCAUCUAGCUGUAAUCAUCGUCCUUCCAACACACGUUACGUAAACGCUGUUUCUGCUACUGCUGUGACCACCGGCUCGAAAUCCUCGUCUUCGGCGUCAUCGACUGCAUCGUCUCCGAUAUCUUCGGCGCCGUCCACGCCGCCUUUGCAAACCGCCUAAGUCCGUAAGUAGUGCUGUUUUUUCUGGAGGGCUGCGAGGUACUACACGUAACCAAUGUGAAUCCGCUACGAUGAGCUCUCUAUACAUCGCAUCAUACUGUAUCCUCUUUGGCUCUGCUACCAUAUUUCACGUUCGACUGAAAUUUUUCUCAUAGUAACUCGUCGAAUAUCCUCGAAUGUGGCGCCUUUCGGCCCUUGAACUGGGGGUUUUCUUUCCACCUAGUUUCCUUCAAUUCAAUCUUGUUGUAGUCUCUGCAAAGGUGGGGAAUUUAGAAUUACGAAUCAUCCAUCAUCGUAGCGGUAACAAAUCAUAAUACAUAAUAACGUGUGAAUUUUUCUAAGUGACUGGCUGUGACAUCUUCACAACUCAUUUCUUUUAUAUAAAUAUAGGUAUGUACCUGUUAAAUGAAUACAAAAAUACUUGUAGAUAAGUACUUUACAAUACGAUGGUAUUUAUAUUAUAAAAUUUGUUACGUUUAUUAUUAUUAUAUACGACGACGACGACGUUAUUACAAAUUCAUAAUACCUGCAGAAAGCCUACGAAUAACCCUACCUUUUACCAAUGAUAUUGUUUUUUUUAAAUAAUAAUUAGGCUAUGUACCUAUCUUUUGCUACGAAUCAACUUUCAUUCAAUUUUUCCCUAUGUAGACAGAGUUGAUCGACGUAUUCGUAGGUAUUCGUGUUUUUUUUUUCAAUUUUCUAUCUUAUAUUUCCGGUUCGAUUUUUUUUUAUAACAUACUACAUGUAAUACAUUCCUAAUUGAAAGAUGAAUGAAAAAAAAAAUGUCAAUAUUCAACUUAUCGUUAUAUCGUUUUUAAGAAUUUUCGUUUUGUUUGUUCUGUAAAAAAGAAAAAAAAAUGGGAUCGCGAACUUUUAUUUUUUAUUAUAAUAAGAUGAUUAAAAACAAAAUGAGAAAAAAAAUGAAAAAUUUAUUAAAGGUACAAAAUAGAAGUAGAUAUAUGGGGAAAUUUUGUUCGUUUUGCGAUUAGUUUAUAAUAUUUUUUAUGCGGUAGUUGUAGUUUGUGUGUGUUUCUUCUUUAUAUACCUACCCCUACAAUACCUACCUAUAUUUUAUACGUACCUGUGUAGGUUUGUUUAAAAACUUCUUUGUCACAAUAUCACCAAAUACAUAAAUUCCCAUUAUUUAGGGUCUGAUUUAGUAUAUAGCCGAUCGUAGUAGCCUUUUUGUAGUUGAGCUAGAUACUCUGUAUAGGUAAAAGGUACACGUUGCAUAAUUUUUUGUUUGUUUGUUCAUGUUUCGAUAAUACUAUUAAAAAGUGAUUGGAUUAAAAAUGCAUUUAUAUGUUAGAAAAAUUUAUAAGUUUAUCGGCUUUAGAGGAGCGUUUAGUUUUUAAAGUAUACAGGGAAAUGUCAAUUUGUACUUAAUCAUUUUUCGAAAAUUUGAAAAUUGUUCCUUUUGUUUGUACUAUUUACAUGUCGUGAAGUAAAUAAACAUAAUAAUAUGUAUAACUAGGUAUUAAAAAGUAGAUUUGUUUAGGAUUCGACCAAAAAAAAAAUAAUGGUUAAAUUAAGCCCCAAAAAUAAGUUUCCUGGAAUUAUUGUUUAAAAGUUCAAAAUUCGAUAAAAUUGGAAACUGUGUGUUCUGGUGCAAGAAUCUGGGAAAGCGAGAAGCAGACUGACUUUUUUCUUCUCCUAAUUUUUUACCAUCAAUUCCCUCCCCCCAAACCGUUGAUUAAAAUUCUGGAGAAAUGGAGAGGGGCUCAGAGGGGUCUGAUCGAAAAAAUGAGUCGACUUUUGAGCUCAGCAUGGGCGAAUUAGUAACAAUUAAUAUGUCACACUACUUUUUCAAUUUUUUCCAACUUUGAUCAAAAUUCUGGAGGAGGGAAAGGGGCUCAGAGGGUCUGAUCGAAAAAAUGAGCUGAUUUUCGAACUCAGCAUAGUCGAAUCAGUAGUAAUCGAUAUGUCACACCAAUUUUUCAAUUUUUUCAAACUUUGAUCAACAUUGAGCACCUUUGGGCCCUUGAGCAAAUUUAAAGUCUCAAGUUUAAAGCAAGUUUUGGCUAAAAUCAUUAUUUUAGGAUAUACUGAGGAAAACCCAUUUGCAGAGUGUCGAAAUUCAAUGAUUCCUAAGCCAGAUGAAGCUCGUUUCUGCUCCUUUCCUCCUUCCUGUGAUUGCAGCUUUUCUCGAUAACAUUUACCCCUCAAAAUUACUUCAAAACACUCAAUAUUAAGGAUUUAAUUAAUUGAACUGAAAAAAAGUUUGUAUUUUUCUCGAAUCGUCAGCAUUUUUCGCUUUCCCGGUGACGUCAUUUCUGCGCCAGGAGGCACUUUUUUCGACUCUUUAUGUCAACAUUAUACUAAAUUUUUCGUUUUUAUAUCUUGUUGAUGGUAACUUUCAUUAGGAAUUUUCUCGUUAAUUUCAUUUUAUGAAAUCUGAUUUUGCGCAUUUUUAUGCAAAACACAAACGACUUGUUCGUAGCUUUUUUUGUUUCAAUAACUCGCUUCGAUAAUCAAAAAGUUGAUAAGUUUACCUUCGCUUAUAGAGGUACAAUUAGAUAAUUAUUAUUCGUGUUAAGUUUUGUUUUCCUUUUUUUUUUUUAUUUAAUCGAUUUGUUUUUAUAUUUUUAUCGUUAUUGUUUCGGAAAUACGUAGAAUUUUUUAACAACAUUCCUCAUUUUAAGCCUUUUCACGUGGAUUUUUUUUAUACUUAUACCUACGAUUAUAGUUAGCCUCGUUGCAAAAUCAUUGUACUCGAAAAAAGAGUAGAUUAGAUUCCGUCUUGAAAAUUCUCGUCAUUUUUCUAUCACCAAUCGGUAUCGAUACUCUAGCAGCUGGUCUGGUUUGAAAGAAAUUUUCAAGUACGUAGAAAUUUGAAUUGUGUAAAGUUUUCAAUUCAUAGGUACCUUAACGUAUAACGAGAAAACGUGUUUUUUUUUCUUUUCUUCGUCAAUAACGAAAGGAAUGGAAGUUCGAGAACAAA